AUGGUGGGGGUAGGAAGUCAGGGAGGCUUUGUCCCAAACCUGGCAGAAGAGCUUAAGGACCUGCCCAGAACACACCUGCCCGUGAGUGCUGGGAUCAUGGCUGCCCUUAUAAUUGGGUCCCUUGCUGCCGGGUCCCUCUUCGUCAGGUGCAUUGCCCAUCUCCUGUUAACAAGAGGCUGGAAGGGCCAGAGCCACAGGAUGACACCCACAGAGAAGCCGGAGGCCCACCCCAGUCACAAUGCUGGAGACCAGAACAUCUACGAAGUGAUGCCAUCUCCAACCUUCCUGGUGUCUCCCCCCAGUGACACAGGGUCCACGAACACCUCCAUGGUGAGUCCCACCCCCUGUGGUGCCUGUCACCUUCAGCCAGAUCCAGAGAACCGCCCCUACCAGGACCUGCUGAACCCCGACCCUGCCCCUUACUGCCAGCUCAUGCCAACCCCCUGA